UCUUCCUCCACGCCGCCAGGGGGCGCUCGCGGGAGUGGGGGGGGCACAACAUGGCGGAGCAGGCCUUGUGCUCGGUUCUGGAGCGGCUCCUCCUGGUCCUGGCCCCCCCCAGCAGCGUGGAGCAGAAGGGGGGGUCCCUGCUGGUGGCCCUGGCAGCCGAGGGGGACACGGCCCAGUCCGGCUGCACCAUCACCGUGGCGGCUGCUGGGGACCUGACCCGUGGCAUCGACACCGAAGCCCUUUUGGGAGGCACUCUGGGGGUGUUGGUGCUGCCGGAGGUGCCCCAUGUCCCUGCUCCGUGCUGCGGCCGCAUCCUGCACCAGGCCCGCCUGCGCUUGGCCUUUCAGGUGGAGUUUCACUUGUGUGUCAGCAUGAAUGGAGCCGUGGCCUCGCACAGCUAUGGGAGGGAGAGCGCCUGGACAAUGGAGGGAGUGAGGCUGCGGGUCCAGAGCUGGCACUUCGCGCUCUCCAGGCCGGCAGCCCCUGGGGGUGCCCCCCCCUGCAGCAGGAUCCACCCCACACUGGGACCCCCCAUCUGCCUGCGGGUGCCCCCCCCUGCGGUGGCCGCAGGGCUCGGGGGGGAGCUGAGCUUGGUCCCUGCAGCCGCCUUGUGCCCCUGCCUGCGCCGGGCCCCCAACCGGCCCUCCCGCCUCGACACCAUCGCCAUAUCCCGGUGUUCCCGGUGGGAUCUGGGAGGGAACUGGGGCGUGAGGCGGGGGGGGGGGGGGCACACAUGGGGCCAGGCUGUUGUCCUUGACCGUGGCCACUUGUUCCUGUAUGACCCUGCGGGGCUCCCGGCCGCGGCGCCCCGGUUCUUCCAGGAUCCCUCUUGGAUGGCGGAUUGGGAGCAAUUCGGCUUCACCGCGGCCCCCCAUGCCCAGAGAGAGGGGCAAGAAGAGUUGGUGACCCCCGAUGCCACCUACACAGUGCAGCAGGGAGCGGGUGGCCCCGAUGGGGACCAGCACCCCCAGAGCCUCCUGCUCUUCCUCUUCCUCCAGCACGAGGACCCCUUCCAGGCGUACGAUGCCAGCACCCGCCUGGUGCUGCUGCAGCACCUGGAGCAGACGCUGUGGAGCAGCCGCUCGGCGCUGGCCCGCGGGCUCCGGACCCUCGUCCACCCCAUACUGGGGGAGCUGCGUCGGCGGCACGAGGCCCAGCAGCGCCUGGCACGGUCCCUUUGUGUCGCGCUGGACGCGGUGACGGCCGUGGUGACCGGGAGCACCAGCACCCGGUUCCGUCGGGGCUGCCUGCGCUCCAUGCAGGUCGAGGACACCCCGGCUUUGGUGGUGGCCGCUCGGCAGAGCUUGGCUGAGGUCACCCACAGGCGGCUGCUGCCCAUCGGCUCCUGCGAGACCCCCAAGGACCCCCAGGGGGGUGAGGGACACGCCGGGGUGGGGGUCCACAGCCACCCCCCAGCCCCAUAGAACCCCCCUUUGACCCCUCCCAGGAUCCCCACUGGAGCAUCCCCGUGUGCGGAGCGGGCAAAUGGAGGAGGAGGAAGAGGAGGAGGAUGAGGAGGGUUCCCAGAGCAGCCAGGGGCAGGUGGGUGUCACUGGGGGGGGCCCCCCUUUUACUCCCCCAUUAAACC